AUGAUUGUUGCGCUGUUGCUCUUGGUUGUAGCUCGAGUGGCGUGUGGUGGAAAGGGCCGGCUCGCUGUUGAUGAGCUUGGAGCGCUUCACUUGAGUGCUUCAAACGGACAACCUGUGUUCGUGAAUGGCAUUGAUGUGAGUUUGAUGUUUGAGUUGCUGGGGCAGCAGAACCAAAGGGUUGAGGCCUCUGUGACAACAAUGCAAAGACGUCUUGAGUAUUUUGAACGCUCGUGCUGCUGCGUCAACAACAGGAAUCCAACAAUCAACUUGGAUGUGAAUGUAGGAUUUGGCAUUAAUAAGUGGCGAGGUGGUGUGCUUGCCAACAACGGCCUUGUGUAUGGCAUACCAUCCCAUUCAUCUUCGGUGCUGAUCCUUGACCCCAUUACAAAGACGGUUGACGUCACCUCCAUCACUGGUCUCACGGACGUUGGUGGAAAAUGGGUGGGCGGUGUGCUUGCUGAUAACGGUUUCAUUUUCGGAAUACCGUCGGAUGCUUCGAUGGUUCUCAUCCUGGAUCCCGCCACCAACACAGCAGAUACAACGACAAUCGCAAAUUUGGGACCCGAUGCAGCCAAAUGGAACGAAGGCGUCCUUGCCAACAAUGGCAAAAUCUAUGGCAUUCCUCAUAACUCUCAGAAUGUUCUCAUCCUUGACCCCACCACAAACUCUACGGACACGUCAACUCUGGCAAAUAUUGCGGUCGGCACACGCAAGUGGCGUGGUGGAACACUCGCGAGCAAUGGCAAGAUUUACGCCAUUCCAUCUCACUCUCCCGCAGUUCUUAUCAUUGAUCCAUCCACAAACACCACAGACACAACGACGAUUGCAAGCCUUGGUCCAAAUGAAUACAAGUGGUUUGGUGGUGUGCUUGCGGAUAACGGCAAGAUCUAUGGAGUUCCGCACAACUCACCAGCAGUCCUCAUCAUUGACCCCGCCACGAACACCGCAGACACAACAAGCAUCACCGAGCUUGGUGGAGAAUCAGGCAAAUGGAGUGGCGGCGUCCUCUCCAACAAUGGCCUGAUGUUUUGCUUCCCACACGAUGUAGCUACCGUCCUCAUCGUUGACACGAAGGUGGACACUUCAAGCAUGAUCGCCAUCACAGACCCUGAAUCGAGUGGUGAACGCUGGGACAAUGGCGUUGUUGGACCGAAUGGCCUUGUGUAUGGGGUGCCUCUUGACGCAACUUCAGUCCUUACCAUUCAUCCAGGCUGUUAAUUGACCCUGCAGCGGCCAACUCCUUUGGUGUGUUGGAACCACAACCCUUCUGCCCUUGAACACAGAUUCAUGUCUGAUACUUUUGUUCGAUUUUUCUUUGAUCUCCACAAGGCUCGUGCACCACGACAUACAGCCUGAACUUCAGUGUCGGUG